AGGCAAUUUUGAGUUCAACAACCUUUUCAGCAACUUGUAUAUGUUUCUUUGAACUCGAAGAUAGACUAGCGACUAGGACCGCGACAAUAAUUCGAAAAGCUUUAUCGCACACCUAGCACUAGCAGAGUGCGUGCGCGUCGUAUGUCUCCCGUGGACCACACCGGAGACAAACUCAUGUGUAUUUUCUCCUUGCCGGCACCUUUUUUUGAAGGCGUAAUAAAAAUGUUCUCAUAAUUUCUCUCGACGAUCUCUAAUAUUGCCCCACGACCCGCGAUCUCGAUCUUGUUUUAUUUGAGUAAUUCCCUCGUCCAAAAAAAUAGAAUACUAAAGAAGUAACUGACUAAAAUUCAGCUGAAAUUGAUGAAAGUAUCAGCAUUUGAUGGCAAAAAGCUCCCUUAGUUAUCGAUGACCAGUUUAUUUUCCAGCAUAAAAAAAUGACGAGAACGUAAAAAAAAGCUGCGCCAUCAUUUUAUUCGACGCGGUACAUCUACAAAAACAAGCAUCAAAUCAUUUCACUCUAGAACUUGAUUGCUUGUCCGCUACCCCCCCCGCCAACCCUCGUCGACACACGACGAGGACCCCCUCCGAGACUAUGGCGGACGAAGGUUUAGAGUUCGAGGGCGAUGACGUAGCGCCUGUGCCGGGAACAACGGAUGCCGGUAUUAGUAAUGCCGCGACCGGUGACGACACCGCAGCUACGACCGGUGAACUAGCCCCAAACAAGGACCACUAUGAAGUGCAGAAGUAUCGUACUCGUAUAAAUGCAUUACAAAUUUCCUCAGCAUGAGAAAUAAGAUUUGUCAUGCAGAUUUGCCUUGGGAAAAAGAUUUGUAAUGCAAGACUUGCAUUUAAUAUACGAGUACGAUACUUUUGCACAGGAUAACCCCGCUGCACAAACCAACACCGCGGCUGGUGGUACUACCGCGGCACCUUCCGGUGGAGCGGCUGAAGGCUAUGGAAGCGUCAGGAUUGAAAUCGUCAAAGUUGAAAUAGUUUGUGAUGCAUAAAAUGCAACCCACAAAGUGCCUGUCUUGCAGAGUACGCAAGGGAGGCAGAUUGUAAGCCUGUUGAGGGGUAGAAAUAGAGCUGCUCAAGUAGCAUGACAGAAGGCGUCUUCCUUACCCAAACAGCAUCACAAACUGGAUUUAGGCACCGUCAAGAUUUGUCAUGCGCCACUUGAAAACUGGGUUCUAAAUGGCAUCCAUUUUAUGCAUUACAAAUUAUUUCAACUUUGACGAUUUCAAACCUGACGCUUCCAUAAAGGCGAUCAUGCGAAUAAAAAUGCAGAGGUUCUUUAUACCACCUUAUUCGUGAAGGGCAUCGACCCUGACGAAGCCGAUGAGGAUAUCUGGAAGGGGAAGGUCAGCGGGUACGAGUUCAUCUACGUCGGAAACAUGAAGAGAUUUUCCUUUUUAGUUUGGUCAUUAUUUCCAUUUGGGCUAAAAAAUGUCACACGUCAGGACGAUACUAGUAGUCCCCGGUAGAAGUUUCGUCCACUGACCGCGUUCAUCAUCUACUUCCAGACGAAUCGUGAAAUAAGUGUGGUGUCGUGGUCGGGCCGCAAAAUGAAUACUUACAGUAUUUUGUUAACUUGAAAGACUGUAUGAGACAAAUAAUAAAUCAAUGAUCGCACCAUCAAAUACUCGUCCAAAGUCUAUCCUUAUCACUCCAGGUACGCGGGUGUCUCUUCUGAUGACGUCCGACUUCUGAAUUUCCCGAAAUCCAUUAGUGACGAGUGCAGUCUCACUAUGCAAGAAAAAAACUGUGUAAGUGUAAAUCUGUGAUGCAGAAAAUGCAAAACAGUUACACUUGUCAUGCUCGACAUGCAUGAUCGGCUCGCUUCCUAUGUGUUUUCCCUUCCUGUCUGCGCAUAACAAGUUUUUCUUGUCAUGGCAGACAAACUUGUGAUGCUGUUUUCCCAAAAGACUUACACUAACACAGUUUUUUUCUUGGAUACUCACUUUCAAAACGACGGAGGCUGCGGCGAAAUGCAGAGCAGCCCUGGAGGAGAAGGGACUCACGUUGCGGUUCGAACAUGAAUUUGUUUUUUAUUUGCAAGAACUUUUUUUUCCCUCGUCGGCAGAACGCGUUGGGGACGCGCCUCCCGAUGCCCGUCCGCAUGUCAGAAAUAGAUGAACUUCAACAUAAUUCAUGAACAGCAUGAUCAUCAUCAUGCUAUCAAAAUGGAAAACGCAAAUCUUUAUGCAAGAAUGAAUCCGAAGACUACAACUACUACAACGGCUACUACGAUACCAAUAUCUGAUAGAACCCUUAUACCAACUAAAAAACAUCUUCAGCUUUGGCACUGUGGCCGAGCAGCCGAAAGACCGACUCGCGAAUGGCGGCGUCACGGUCACGUCCAACAAACGCAAUUUUCUGGACGAGCCGCUCGACAGCCUGGUGGACCACAACAAGAGACGAAAGGUCGUGGACGAUAAACCAAUACAUAUCAAAUGCAAGCAUUAUGCCUGGGUCCGGAAACUUGUGCUGCUGCUUUGUGAAUGGUGGGCGCGCUGCAAUACGCAGCUACGCAUAACAAUUUUUUGCGCUCCUAUGAAUGUAUUUCGCUUUCCGCAUGGCUAACUGAAACUGCAUUUUUUCAUGACAGGCAGUAUGUUGCUUUCUUGCUCCUCCAUUACAGAUUCAAAGGGUAUAUGAAACAAGCAUGACAAACUUGCAUCCUUCCAGACCCAGACAUUUUUGCAGUGCAUAAUACAACCAGGAGAACAUCAAAAGGGCAAGGGCUGGAAACAAGCUUCCAGGGAACAAUAUGGCUUCUACGAGCCUUACGGUAAGUCGUAGUAGUGCAGCUUCUACAGUCUACACGCUGCACGAUCGAUUUCUACUACUCAACAGAAAAAAAGUUUUGACUCCUUAAAGUAUAUUAAGUGGUGACUCCGUACAAUAGUUUUCUGACGCACUUUAGUAAAUUUUCUUGGCUCAUCAUCACAAUCAGAUCUUCGUGGAAAGGAUGUCAUCGUCCACAAGAACAUCAAUGUCAAACAAAACCACAUGUUGAUGUCUUCUAUGAAACAUAAUCGAAUUGCUAUAUAAUUGGCCGUAACGACACGCGCAACAAAUAAAACAAUCCAUCCCAGAACCCCAACACAUGGACCCCUUUCCCUUCGGCUACGACAUCUACGGCAAGGGCGCGUCAAAAAAGGGGAACAAGGGCAUGAAGAAGGGGGCGGACGGAAAAGCUUACCAGUACCUCGACCCCAACCUGCCGUCCUGGCUUGCAAACAAAAAGUAUCGAUUUUUUCAAAGAAUAGUACUGCUCUACAGUUUAAGUAUUUCACGCGAGGAUCACCGAUAGCCACACUUCCUCAUCGAAGACUAUGAUUAAGCUACUACUCUAUGAUUUCUAUUUUUUCGUGCUUGCGCGUUGUACCGUGGGCGCAAUUCAAAGUAAACGACGGAAUUGCACCUGCAGUUGUUCUUGAACCCCAUACCUCCAAACCCGCCCGGUUGCUCCUCAUACAUCUAUACUAUAGUGCUAAAAACAUCACGACCAGUUACGGCACGCAGAUUGACCUGACGAAGGGCAAGCGGGCCGCGAACCAGAAGGGGCGCAAGGGGUUUCUUGACAGCAAAGCAGCGUUCCAGGGGGACGGGCCCGGCCUCGGCAAGGGCGGCGAAGGGCCACCCCAGUUGUCCGGGAAGAAAGGCUAUGAUUUGCAAAAGUAUCGUACUAGUAGGAAUUGCAUUACAAAUUUCCGCAGGAGCAUGAAUAUUGCAAUUUGUGAUGCUGAUUGACCUUAGGAAAAAGAUUUGUAAUGCAUAACUGCAAUUAGUACGAGCACGACAAUUUUGCAGUGCAUAAGGGCAACGCAUACGCGCUCCCGGAUGAACCGGUUUCGAAGUGGAAGCCGGAGAUUAUGGCAUUCUCAAACGUUACAUUCUCAUACUGAUACAUGAUUUGUCAUGCAAAAGUGCCUCGACUAUCGACACCAUCAAGCUGCUUCGCAUGACAAAUUCCCAGGAGGCCAACCAGGCCGAGAAUCUGUGCCAAGUCUGUCAUGCAAUACGCGCAAGGUCCUUCCUUUCACUUUUGCCCCUCUUGCAUCACAAAUUCAUGUAAACAGUUGAGAAUGUAACAAUUGAGAAUUCCAUAGAGAUGUCUCUGGACCGCCAGUUAGUGGAUUAUUUGAACAUGAAGCGACACGGAAAUUUGAAUCGGUACCUGGUUAUCAAAUGCAAAUAUGUCUGGGUCUGGAAGGAUGCAACCUUGUGAUGCGUGUUGCGAAUCAUACAAAAAUCUGUGUUGCAUGACUUGCAAAAGCUGUCCAUUUCUGGCAAUGCUGAGAGAGCAUUUCUCAUGCAGAAUAGGCAUCACCAAGGGGCUGCAGCACCUGUGAUGCUAUUCCCUGCAUUGCAGACUUGGCGGAGCUUGAAAAAACUGCAUGACAAAUCUUGGAAUCUUUCAGACCCAGACAUAUUUGCAUUUGAUAAUGUUCCUCUCAGGGCUGAACGACCACACCAUGAACUGUGCGCAACUGCGCAGGGAGUUUGACUGGCCGCUGCUGGACGGAUCCACCGCGAUCUUGAGCAUUUAUGCAUUGCAAAUAUGUUUACUUUGUCUGAGUCUGGAAGAAUGCAACUUCCUUGUGAUGCUGCAUUUGGAUUUGAAAUACAAAAAAAAACUGUAUUGCAUCAGCAGCAAAGUAAUUUUUGGUAUACGGAGAGGGCAUUUGUCAUCCGUAAUAGGCAUCAAGAAGGAGAAGAAGCCAUCAUCAAAGAAACGAUGAUGCUAGGGUAUGCAUCACUGACAUGAUGGCUCAUGGCUCAUGCAAAACGUGCAUGAUUCCAGACCCGGACAUCUGAUUUGCAAUGGAUAGCAUCGAGCUGCACACCAUGAUGGGCAAGGACGUGGCGCACCUGGCCAUGAAGGACGUGAAGAGUGCGGUCCAGCUGAAAAAAUACGUCGAAGAGAAUCAAAGUUAUCCUGUGCAAACGUAUCGUACUCGUAUUGCAAUCAUGCAUUACAAAUCCCUUUCUUAAGCUAAAUCUGCAUUACAAAUUUUAUUUCUCAUGCUGCAGAAAUUUGUAUUGCGUUUAUACGAAUACGAUACUUUUGCAAUGUAUAAAAGUCGGUAUGGUACCACCCGCGUCGCGCACGCCGCACCACGAAAGGCCGGACGUACUUAUUCAUUUCAUUUUAUCCUGAGUAAAAACGUACCCACACCAGAGUCAGGAUGGGGAUUUUGCAACACAAACCUAGGAGUUUUGUGAGUCACGCAUGACAAGUUGCGUUCUGCAGUGUAGUGCAGGUUAGCAAGUGCAGCCGCAUCACAGAUUCAUCGGCUCAUCCUGUUCACAGCAUCACAAAUUCCAAAACACGAUUGGAAAUGGCUCUCAUGGUGAUGCGCAUUACAAGUCUUCCUGUCUUUGCACAUCUGCAUUACAACUCUGGUGUGGGUACGUUUUUACUCAGGAUACAUUUAUUUGGUUGAUCAUGAUGAAAGUCAUACCUAGCAAUGAAUUGGGCCAGUUCACGCGCAGUGGCGGUCUGCUCGUUCGGUGUGGGAGGUUGCUAUGCCGUAUCUUUUCUCGGCUGUGAGCGAUGUGUCGCUUGUCUGUUGCGUAUUGUAUACCCCAGGCACCGGGUCGUGGGGGCAUGAUGCAUGGCCGGGGUGAUUGUAGUUUGCUAGCCGGACAGGAGAUUUUCUUCCGCUAUUGAUCACGGGCUGGGUUCCCGCGACUUCUUCCGCCGUCCUUUACUUAGGUUUGGUGGGCGGCGCCCGUCCAAAUGGAAGUGUGCGACAUGAUGCGACUAGGUUGGAUGUGGGGUUUCGCGGUAUCCUCUUGUGGAGGGUGGCUCCGUUAAUGUGGAUAGACCACGGCUGAACCCCCAGAGCCAGCCAAGCGGCUGGCGGGAUUUUGCCUAUGGCGCGCGCUCCGUUCAGUUUGGUUGCCGCAUUCCGGGAGUGGGUAUUAUAGGGUUCUCCAUGGGGGAGCCCUGGUUUUGUUUACGUCGUUUGCCGCUGAUGCCCACCGUUUGGGAGCAAGGGCUGCUCGCCUGGUUGUUUGCUCGGGUACUCACAUACACUGCUCCUGCUCGAGUAGCAGAUGUUCGCGCUUCAAGCAUUGGUCGGCGAGGUGUGGGCUACGUGCGCUCGGCGCGGCGUUUCAGGGGCCCGGAGAUAACGAGGAGUAGGCGCUUUUGGAAGCGAGUUUGUUCUGCCACUGGGUAUGCUGUGCGGGUUGGAUUCGGUCGGUUGCCUGUCUUCCCUUGGGGGUAAGUGGGGCUGGGGCUGGCGCUGUUCCCCCCAUUCAGCCACCGGAGGUGGGGUUCUGGGGGGUCUUGCCCAGGGGGCCAGGUGGUGGUGGAGUGGGCCGUUCUCCGCUACGGAAGCUAGGCCCGGCCUGCUUCGCCCAGCCCCUUCAGGUUCAGGCUCGAUCCAACGGGCCGCUUGGGUGUUGGCUCACUCUGUCUGAAUAACACUCGGAAGGAACGCAGCGAAAUGAUUUCUUUAGUUGAUGAUCAUGAUGAAAGUCAUACCUAGAAGCAAUAAAUCCAUCUUGAUCGCUAGAAGCUGCAGGAGGUGAACCAAUAAUAUCCACCACCAUCUUCAAUGGAUGAGGUAAUAAGAAAUUGCAUCAAAACUACUACAGCACUACCUUUGUUUUAUUUUAUGAAUUUGUGAUCAAGUUCUUGUCAUGGCAGGAGCUAUCCAAUGUCCUCCACUUCAACUCGAGCAGGAGAGAAGUGUGGACGUAGCAUGCAACAAUAAAUUAUGAAAACGAUAUAUACAGGAACGCUCUGGAUCGGCGGUCUCCCGGCGGAUUUCGAGCCGGAGCCGUGGUUUCUGAAGCCGUUAAAGAUGCGGCUGGAACGUAUCCCACGAAAAAAUUGUGUCACUGUGACGGUUUUGCAAGAUCUGCAUUACAAGUUUGUUACACAUGACACAGAAUAUUUGCCAUGCGCGCUUUUCAAGGGAAAACACGCUUGGGCAUCCAAUGUCUUCCAGGUGUAGCAAGACAGACACUUUGGUGCUUCAUUUUCUGCAUCACAAGUUCACAGUGAAGCAGUUUUUUCUUGCGAUAGAGCAGUACGGAAAAUUAGUGCCCCAGCCGGAGCCGGAGCUGAAGCCGGCAUGGUGGGAAAUCGACAGUCCAAAGAAAAACGAGAACCCCCCGUCUCCAGAAAAAGCAAAGGAACAAGAGGAGACUAACAAAAACGACACGACAGACGCGAAAAAUGCAAAUAAACCUGGUACUUCUCCUACCGGACAAGCUAGACAAGACGGUGGCGAUGUUGAGAAGAAGAACACUGACGGAACAACUGCUGUUGAGCAAAAAGCAGCAGGAGACGAGUCAGCGGAAAACAAGAACAAAGAUUCAGCGACAGCAACAGAAACAAAUACCGAGAAGAAAAGCGACGAGCAGAAAGCAGACGGUGGAAAUAAAGAAACUAGCAAGGACAACACUACGGCUGCAGAGGGUGAGGGCGCGAAGAAAGAUGACGCCGGCGACGAAAAUAAGGCCGAAAAGGCUGGAACUAGUCCAGCAAAUAAAGUAGAAGGUGACAAAGCGAAGGAAAGCACGCAGGGGGCGGGGGCAGGCGAAUCAAAGGACGAACAGCCGAAAAAGCCGCCACUUUAUAUUCAUUACAUCCCGAAAAAACACUGCGCAUUCGGUAUGUUAUUUUUUGAAAAUUAUAAGAGUGCUGUUUACCGACGUUCUUUGCACCAUUGUUUAAUUGGCUUGUAGCUCUUCACGUGAAAAUUACAGAAUCGAUAAUUUUUGUACAUAAAUAGUGCUCGUAGUGGUGGUGAGGCUAUGUUUCACUCUGAAAAGCUAAAGCGCCACUUCUCGGUGGAGUUCUUCAUGCAAAGAAACACAUAAUUAGAAACAAAUACUUAAAACACUUCCAGUGACCUUCGAGACCGUGCAGCAGGCUAUCCAAGCGCGCAACCACUUGUACGCACUCCCGCUUCCCACCCACGUCGGCGACUCUUUAUGCAUCGCAAAAGUACAACUAAUAUCGCACUAGUCGUAUAAUAUUAAUAAACUUGGAUGCCUGCCUUGUCUUUCCCUUUUCGGCUAGUCAGCUUGGACCUCAGAGCACAGGAGAGAAAAAGGUACAGAGGCAUAGCCGCAACGACAUGCAGAGGCAGUGGGGAUUCCACCAAGGUACUUCAUUCGCCUCUUGAGUGUUCGCUUUCCUUGCGCAGCAGGAAGGGGGGCGCUCUGGCUAUGUCGUCCCGAGCGUGGAAGGAGGACGUGAAAGCGGACUACGAGGAAGAGGAGCCUCGGCUUGCUAAAUCUACACUGGAUAGGUCUCCCGGUGCUGUGGUGUAAGUCUGGAAGCGCAUGUUGGAAUCGUUAAACUGCAGUGGAGGAGAAGCGGAGCAGCAUCUUGACUUUCUCAAAUUCCAAUAAACAGGAGCUGAUCUACUACUCUUUUAUUACGGUUUAUAGUCGUUCUAGUAUAAAAAAAAAAAAUAUUAAUAAACUUGGAGAAAUUUUUGCAUUUUUCCUUUUGGAGAAAUUCAAAUUUGUCAACGUCAUGCGGUUGUACCAGCGGGUUUAUACGACGUAAUGUUGCGAGAUGACCACUUUUGCAAAAAUGCAUACGAUUUCCUGAACAUUGACUUUGUGGAGGAGGACGACGAUGAAGACGACGGGGAUGGUGUGGGCAGCACCGUGGGCGCGACUACGUCUGUCGCGGGCGACAGCAUUAUCUACCUUCAACGAGGCCCCGGCAGCACCACGGGCGGGCACAGCGUGUCCCUCCGCCCCGGCCACAACGUGGCGCCCAGCAGUCGGGCGGAGGAACUACCCGCACGUGGGGGUCACCGAGGCAGGAGCAGAAGUGCGAGAAGGUAUAUAAUUUUCAUUUAUAAAGUGAAGAUAAAGGAGUUGUGCUAGUAGUUCCUUGGAAGAUGUUCUUGUGAUCAAAUGUUCCGUGCUUUAUUUCCGACUUAUGUUGAAAGAUGAUAGUUGAAAAGUUUUUGUUGGGCAGAGGAAGUAGAAGAGCUAUAAUCUUUUAUCUCCGUUACCGUUUGAUAUUGAAACUCCAACUCGCCACAGACACGAGCGCAACAAGGAAGAGCAUCGCGACAAGAAGGAUCGCAAACACCGCGACCGGAAGGAGGACGCCGAGAAAGAGCGACAUGCGAAGGACAAAAAGAAGGACAAGGAGAAAGACAAGGAGGCGAAGGAGAUAUGCAAUGGGCAAAACUAUCGGUCACUAGUAUAGAUUGCAUGACAUUUUGCAUUUCUGAAAUACAAAAAUGCAAUUUCAAUUUGUAUAUGCUGACUGGGGCUUGGCUAGCAAACUGUGUCAUGCAUGAUUGUAUACAAAUAGUACGACUACGUGUGUGAUACUUUUGCCGCGGAUAACAGAAAGAGAACAACAAAUCCGGGAAAGAGACCGAGAAGGAUCCCAUAUGAGAGUGCACAACUCCCCCUCCCCCCCUCCCCCUCAUUUGUGAUGCAAAAACCCAAAUCCACAUCUUGUCUGUAAGCACAGUGAGCAUGACAAAUUUUGGAACCACAAACAGCACUACAAUCCGUGUGUAGAUUUGUCAUGCGCAGGCUCCAUUUGAGCUGGUGUCUGUAUUGCUGCUCAUACCAUACAAAUGAGGGGGAGGGAGAGUUGUGCAAUCCCAUAUCCCACUCUGAGCCUGCACAAAAUGGGCGAGUUCUGUUGCAAGGUGAAAGCGAACUACAUCCAGGGCACGGGGAAGCUCCCGUUUGAGUCGAAAAAGCUCGAGAUCGACCAGCGAACAAAGUUGGAGCACUUGAUGGGCCACUACAACAAGAACGAGCGUUUAUCCUGUGCAAAAGUAUCGUACUCGUAGUAAUUGCGUUUAUGCAUUACAAAUCUCUUUCUCAAAGUAAAUCAGCAUUACAAAUUUAAUUUGUAAUGCUGGGCUAAUUUGUAAUGCAAUUUAUACUAGUACGAUGCUUUUGCAUUGCAUAGCGAUUUGCGGUCUACAACAUCCGCCCCAAGGAACGGGGCGACAUCCCCAACUUUAACGAAUUGGUCACCUACUUCAGCGACAGGAAAAGGGUAUACUUUUGAUAUAAUUUUUCUUGAGAGUGUAGUUUUUCUUGUUCUUUUUUCGUAUAACUAUGCCUAAGUACGCAAAGUGCCCAUCACCGUGCUGCAUAAGGCUACCACGGACCACCAUGCUACGCAACUCCUACCCGAUGAAAACGUGUGCGCGUGUGCUUGCGGCGUCUUUACGUGCGGAAGCUGCAACUACAACUUCAGCGUUAAAAAUUAUUAAACACGCUCCUUCAGGUCGGUCUGGUCCAAGCGGCGAAGAACAGUUGUUACCUGGUGCCCGGUAUCAAAAGUAAAAAUGUCUGGGUCUGGGAACUUGUGAUGCUGGGUGGCGUUUCAUGAUGAGGCUACAAAUGCUGGCUCAGCAUGACAAGUUUCUGAGCUCCUAGGUGUUGCCUAUUCUGCAUGACAAACUGCGCUUCUGCACCACAGAAAAACGGAGCUCUUGGGUAACGUGCAUGACAGAUUUAAGAGUCAUGCCAGACAAGCAUGACAAACAUGAACUCUUCCAGACCCAGACAUUUUUGCAUUUUAUAGCCGGGAAAAAGGAGGGUUUUCUCGACGAGUUACCCUUCCUGAACGAGGUUUCACGGGGUGACGAGGUGAAAGACGGGUUUAUCCUGAUCAUGAUCCCCGCCCUGUCCGCUGCCGACAAGGAAAAGAAAAAGCAGCAACCAGCGACAGGAGCGACGCAACCCGCGACCGCGAAUGGAACGUCUGCCGCAGCUGGAGCCGCGCCAGCGGCAGCGGAGGGGCAGCACCAGGCAGCAGCGAAUGACUCGUUGAAAAACAUCAAAGGAGAGGCCGCACCUUCCAAGAAGGCCUCGUAGGUGGAAGAAGUGUCGAUUUUAUCCAGAAUCUCCUCCUUUUCAAGUAUAACACUUAACACAUCACACAGUAGUAAUCGGCGUGUACACGACGACUCGUGUACAUGUCUCGAUAGCUCAUUCUCACGCAAAAUGUAAUUCAUUUUUUUUUUCUUCUAGUAGCCUCUUUUAUUUUGACCAUCGCUACUAGAAGGAGCUAAAGCUACGAUCAUCGUAGGAACAAACUACGACUUACUAGUUGUAAAGCAAUACGUGCUAGUGACCUCCUACACUAGUACCUUUGCCGCGACCCCAGCAAAGCCAAGCUCAAUAAUUUUGAGCGAACAUCAGCAGUGGUGGCCUUUUUUUUGGAAACGGCUCCCGUCGGCGAUAAGAAAUACUGGGUCUCGUGGAUGCUGUCAAGAAGAUCUGCUACUUCUACCGACGGGGUUCUCAGAGUAUCGAUAAGAAGCAAGUCGGACGAUAGCGACUCUGUACGUAAAGCUAAAGGUCGAAACAGCUCGUGCUAUAAUCAACUACAACAUCCGUGAUGAGGUAGAGAAUAGAAUAACGAUGUUUCAUCACGCGACUGGAGGGUCGUGAGCCGAUAAUUUGUAUCACCAUCACCACGACAUCGAUCACUGGCAUUGGCUUCGCAACCGGACGUUUCUGUUUGUCGUCCGCAAGGUGGUGGACGAGCGACAGCUAGAACAAGACACUAAGCCUUUGGCCUUCGCUUUUGAGUAUUUGUUUUCAACAAGCGCCGCAGGAGCUUCAUUUUCAUUAGAGGGAUCAUGGUGUGUUUUGUACGCGUAUCAUCAAAUUGGAGCUGAAUAUCAUGAGUAUCACAUGUAUUUUUAAGCCAAGCUGCCAAAAAUUGUCAAACAAGCUUAGUCUGCGGAAGAGUCACAUCUUCAAAU